AUGCUUCAACGAUCAUAUAUAUUACCUAUUGCUGGCACUUUACCACGGCCUACUUUGAGAAACCUUUCAAUAUGGUUUUUUAAAACAAUAUUGUGGGCACUUGUGCUUGGUUACUUUGCAUUUUCUGUAAUCUUAUCUUCUAUACAUCUUUUCGAGCAUCUUGGAAAAUCUCGAAAAGCUUUACGACCUAUAAACAGAACAUAUAACACAAAUAAUAUUUCUCCACUAUCAGAAAUGAAUAAUGAAUAUCGUUUUUUUAAGAUGCAUUCCGAAAGUUCACAAUUAUCUACAGAUGGUAUUUUUCCCUUUUAUUUCCGUGCAGAAUUGACGCCAGAGGAGGAUGAAAUAACAGUCACAACAUUGGUCACUAAAGAUAGUUAUGAUGAUUUAAUAAGAUUAGCAGAAGCAUGGCAAGGACCCAUAUCGGCUAUUUUACACGUAUCAACCGAAACUUUAGAAAAUGACAACCCCAAUAUUAUCAAUGUACUUCGUACUUUUACUAAUCUUUAUAAGGAAAAUUUAGUUAUUAAACGUCACGUUGAUGUUCAUAUGGUUGUAGGACCAAAAAAUUUAACGAGAAUUCUGAAACCCACAAACAUUCAUUUAAAUAUUGCACGUUUUUUUUCUCGGUCAGAAUUUGUACUUUUCCUUAAUCAAGAAACAUGGCCAUCACCAAUGGCAAAAUAUCAUCUUAAACAACAUAAGAAAUUACUCAUGGAGAAUGAUAUUUUAGUUUUGCCAGCUUUUUCUUUUACAGAAUUUGCAAAUAAAUAUGAUUUUCCGAGUACAGUCGAUGAAUUGAUACAACUUGUUCAAUUUAACGUUAUGGGUAUGAAUGAUCAAGGAUGGCCACUAAAUAAGGGACCUACUAAUUAUGAAAAAUGGAUUAACAUGGUAAUAUAUAAUGUAUCAUUUGGUUAUGAUUCAAAUUAUCAGCCAAACUUUGUUGUGAAACGAGGGAGCGAUAUUCCUUGGUGUACAGAACGAUUUGAUAUGUUUGAUAAAAGCAAAGCAGCUUGCUUAUUACAAAUGUAUUUUAAUGGAGCGGAAAACAAUUAG